CAGGGAGAUCAGGUGACUCCCGGCUUCCAGCCUUGGAGGCUCGGGUGACGUCAGGCGCGCCGCUGCGGCUCAGUGGCUCGCGGCAGGUGCGGCGCUGUUAGCGUAGUCGGGUCCAAGUCUUCUUCCGUCCAGACCGGGUCAGCGAGCGGCUGCUUCGUGGAGCUGAGAGGUGCAUUGCCAGGCUCCUGAUGAACCCAGAGAACCCUCCACCAUAUCCGGGCCCUGGCCCAACAGCCCCAUACCCACCUUAUCCACCACAGCCAAUGGGGCCCAUGGGAGCCCCACCUCCUCAGGGGUACCCCUACCCACCGCCUCAGGGGUACCCCUAUCAAGGAUACCCACAGUACGGCUGGCAGGGUGGACCUCAGGAGCCUCCUAAGACCACAGUGUAUGUGGUGGAAGACCAAAGAAGAGAUGACCUGGGCCCAUCCACCUGCCUCACAGCCUGCUGGACUGCUCUGUGUUGCUGCUGCCUCUGGGACAUGCUCACCUGAUCACUGAUAAGCCCAGCUCUUCUGCUUGGCGGCUCUGUGCCACCUCCGAUAGGUGUGCCUGGUCCCAUCUCCUCCGAUUGCUAUAAGUGGCUAGCUCUGCGCAGACACCUCUACUUUCAGUCCUACGGAGUUUUAGAUUAGUGAGGGUUACUGCUAUAUAGUUCAGUGACUUGAUCUUUUUAAUGUUCAAAACUCAUUUCUUACUGAUCUUUAACAAAUGUGCUAAAUAAUUUACCUUUUUUUUGGCCAAAGGCUUAGUUAUAAAAUAUAUAUUUAUAAUGUUUAAAUUAUACACUCAAGGUAAUGGCAAUAUGUGAUACACCACUAGAUCUCUCUGCUCACACCCUUUCUGUUUCAAUAAAUCUGUCCAAAAUCUG